UGUCCCGAUUUCGAUACUCUGACACAGGUGAGUCAAGCCAAAUUUGUCGGAGAUUCGGGUCAUUUUAUACUGGAGGGAGAGAAGAAUUCUUCAGUGGGGAGUACUUAACGUGGAUCGGAUCCCGCGACCUUCUUCGCUCGCGGUACACAUCGUUUUCAGUAACGGUGCAUCCAUGAGCCAUAACGUUACCAAGUCUUAGCAUUCUUUGUCUCAGCCAUAGAUUUGUGUGUAUGUGUGGGUGUGUGCGUACGCAUAUGUGUGUGUAUGAGUGGGUCACUGAAAAUUCCAGGGUCGUCUUCGCGAAGAACAGAUUUGGGCAAUGUUGUUUUUCAAUAUAACGAGAAUGAAACCGUCACUACGAAUUUGCGGGAUACGACACUGUUCAUUGCGGUCCUGCGAGUCGCUUUUUCGAAGAGUUGCUUAUCGAGAUUUCUGCAGCGAUACGAUCACGUCGGAGUGUCCUCAUGCAUCGUCGUCCCCAAGGAUCGCAUCCUCGUUCGUUAGACCGUACGACGAGGUGCCAGGCCCGCGGCCAAUACCGAUCUUAGGCAACGCAUGGCGGUUGCUGCCGUUGAUCGGACAGUAUCAGAUCUCGGACGUUGGAAAGAUCUCACAACUGUUCUAUGAAGAAUACGGCAAAAUCGUACGAUUGACCGGUCUUAUAGGUCGGCCCGAUCUGCUCUUCGUAUACGACGCCAACGAAAUCGAAAAGGUGUACCGACAAGAGGGCCCCACGCCAUUCAGACCCGCCAUGCCCUGCCUGGUGCGCUAUAAGAGUAUCGUACGCAAGGAUUUUUUCGGCGAAUUACCCGGCGUUGUUGGCGUACAUGGCGAGCCGUGGAAGGAGUUUCGUACACGCGUCCAGAAACCUGUUCUCCAGCCAAAGACUGUGCGAAAAUACAUAACGCCGAUUGAAGUGGUUACAAAGGACUUCAUAAAAAGAAUCGAGAAGAUUAAGAGGGACGAUGGUGAACUGCCCGAUGAUUUCGAUAACGAGAUACAUAAAUGGGCUUUGGAAUGUAUCGGCCGUGUGGCACUUGACGUCAGACUCGGGUGCUUAGGCGAGACCUUGUCAUCGAAUUCCGAGCCGCAAAAAAUUAUCGAUGCCGCUAAAUUCGCACUGAGAAAUGUCGCUUCUCUCGAACUCAAAGCCCCGUAUUGGAGAUAUAUUCCAACGCCCCUCUGGACCCGUUACGUGCGCAAUAUGAAUUAUUUCAUUGAGAUAUGCAUGAAGUACAUCGAUGCCGCGAUAGUCAGGCUUAAAAACAAGAAAGUCGUGGACGAGAGCGACUUGUCACUCGUAGAGCGAAUUUUGGCCAAAGAGACAGAUCCUAAGAUAGCUUAUAUCUUCGCUCUCGAUCUGAUAUUGGUCGGCAUUGACACCAUAUCAAUGGCAGUAUGUUCGAUAUUGUAUCAAUUAGCAACUAGGCCGGAAGAACAGGAAAAGAUACAUCAGGAACUUUUACAAAUAUUACCGGAUCCAUCCGUUUCACUCACACCGAGCCACCUAGAUCAAGCGAUCUACAUGAAAGCUUUCAUCCGCGAAGUUUUUAGAGUGUAUUCCACUGUCAUCGGAAACGGCAGAACGUUGCAGAACGACACCGUCAUUUGCGGCUAUAAAGUUCCAAAAGGAGUUCAAGUUGUAUUCCCAACGCUUGUCACCGGUAAUAUGGAGGAAUACGUCACGGACGCGAAAACGUUUAAACCUGCGAGGUGGCUCAAAGAUUCUGAUAACGAGAACUUGCAUCCAUUCGCGUCAUUACCCUAUGGUUACGGAGCACGGAUGUGCCUGGGCAGACGAUUCGCGGAUCUUGAGAUGCAAGUGCUACUUGCAAAGCUCCUGAGAUCAUAUAAACUGGAAUAUCAUUACCAGCCGUUAAAAUACAAAGUCACGUUCAUGUACGCGCCCGAUGGAGAACUCAAAUUCAAAAUAAUAAAAAGAUAACAUCCCGCAUGUCGUAUAAUUGUAAAAUAAAUUUAGUAUACUCUUUGACAAAAAAUAGUUACACGCAGACUGUCUAGACUGUCAAUCUUUAAAUUGUUAUAACUUCAUGAAAAAAAUUGUAUAAUCUUAAUGGUGUAAUUUUAAAGGGCAAAGUUCUUAGGAAGAUUGUACGAUUUUGUUAUCAUAAAGUUUAAAGUUAAAAGACCUACAGUCUGAACUUGUCCGUAUCUUUUUUUUUGUACAAAAAAGUGCAUCUAAAUAUAAAUAUAUUAAAAAUUUGUAGAUUAGUACUAAUAAAAAAUAAUUCUAAUUG